AUGGAAGGAACGGUUGUUGAAGCUGAUUUACCGAUAGAGGCAGUCGAAGAUGAUGAGAUGCCAGGUUUGGUAGAAACAAUCCCUAUAGAUUUUGUUACCUUACCUGAGCAGGUACAAAACGGAGAUAUUUCAUCGACAGAAGAACAGUUUAGCGUGGUACAAAGAAGAAAAAGAAAUCAUAACGAUGUUCAGAUGGCAGCAGAAGAACUUGAAAUUAAUGCUACAGAACAAACACACCACAAGAAACAUAGGAGUAUUACAAAUGCUGAGGUACGUAAAGUUCCAGUACCACCGCAUCGCUACUCACCGCUGAAAGAGCAUUGGGUAAAAAUUGUUUUACCCGUCGUCAAGCAGUUACAUCUGCAAAUAAGGUUUAACCUGAAAUCGCGAAAUGUGGAAAUUCGUACAUCUAAUGAGGUCGAUGAUCUUACACAUUUGCAAAAGGCUGAGGAUUUCAUCCGUGCUUUUGUUCUGGGUUUCGAUGUUGAUGAUGCGUUGGCUUUAAUUAGGCUGGAUCAUUUAUUCUUAGAAAGUUUCGAAAUUAAUGAUGUUAAGCCACUGAAGGGGGAGCACUUGUCACGUGCUAUUGGACGAAUUGCUGGAAAAGAUGGACGAACUAAAUUUACAAUUGAAAACAUAACUAAGACUCGUAUUGUGCUUGCCAACAGCAAAAUCCAUCUGCUUGGUGCUUACCAAAAUAUUCGGAUAGCCAGAAAUGCAAUUUCUUCUUUGAUCAUGGGUAGUCCACCAUCAAAAGUAUAUGGUAAUUUACGAAAUCUUGCAAGUCGAGCAAGCGAACGCUUAUGA